CUCAACAACCAAACAAUGUAAUUUCAAAAUGUAUCUAUUGUAUCAAUGCAUGCAUUUAUAUGAUAGUGAUUCAUAACAAUACAACGAUUUAGCAUACGCAAAAGACCCUUUAGUAAUUUCAGUGAACAAACUUGGAAUUCAACCAAUUUCUAAUAUAAGUUGAACUUCUAAAGAAGAGGGAAAGUGGAGAAGAGCGGCAAACUCCGUGGUUGAAUCGAGAAAUGGCGCGGAGUGGGGUUUUGGGGCUGAUGUAAAAGAGAAGCAACGAAGAAGAAAGCCAAACAGAACGAGAAUGUGGUAGACCUAACAACUUAUUGAAGAAAACCUCGGCGAAGCUCAGGCUGCGGCUGCCGUCGUUUCAACUUUCUCAUAGUUUGGCGACUAGAGUGAAUUCGCCGCCUGCUUCGAGGCUCGAGCUGCGUUUCUUCGUCUCCUUUCUUUAUCACCGCUUAGUUACCAGGUAGUCUCUCUCUACUUCUGCCGAUUAUUCAUGAAUUUGAUUCUUUUUAUAUCAUGGGUGUGCGUGAACCAAUCGAUUUAGUUUCGUUUGUAUGCAAUUUUAUCAAACUCCAGGAGUCUAACCUAAUGCGAGAACGACCUACCGAUAGGUCGAGUAGGAGACUUGAGCUUAUUCAAUGGACAUGAAUGUUGGGUCUUGAGAGAGGCCUGAUUUGAUUUUUCUUCCGGUAUCGUUUCCAGGGGCUUUUAUUUUAUUUUUAUCCAAAAUUGUGGCUUGCCUUUAAGUUGCUUGACUCAUUUCGGAUUUGCAUUGGUUGUUCUCCCCGUGUAGUCGUUUCUUAAAGACAAAUCGAAAAUCUGGCUGAUUUGUGCUUGUGAAUCGAACUUCUCCUUUGCUGAACAUGUUGGUAUGGCCGAUGCUUCCUUUCGGGUAGUGGUUCGCAUCACGACUCUUUGACGGGAUGUAUUCAUGGUUAAGAAAGGAAUGAUCUCGAGUGCUGAAUAUGUGAAUUUAGAUUAUAAUAGAGUGGCCCUUUUUGUUAGAAUCACUAGAAGCAUGCUGUUUUUGGAGAAAAAGGUUGUUUGAUUCCUGGAUUUCUUGUUCAGUAUGUGGUCCUAAUACUUGCAUAUCCCAGAUGCACGAGAUGGUUUGGCAGCCAUGUACUUCAGUCAGUGGCAUUGAGAGAGAAGGGUUUGGAACCAGACGAAGCUAUAGCGCCCUAGCUUUUGAUAGAUAGGCUUUUUGUUAUUGAAUGUCAAGACAGAUAUGAGAUAUCUCAUCUUGAUAGUCUUAAGAGGACUUCUGACUCUGGUUAAUUCCUCUUUCAACAUCUCUUUAUAUUUGAUAGGAUAAGUCCUAACAUCACUGAUAUGGAAAAGUUUGUUGAUUGUUGAUGGCUUUGACGUUGGCCAUGGUAAUGUAGAUACAAGCGCGCUGCAUGCUUCUGCAGUACCGAGCUCAAUUGUUGGUUCAGUCUUCACCUAGUCAUAGGUUAUAGCCUGUCACUUGCUCCAAGUUAAUUCACUCAUUCGACUCCUCAUCACUUGCUUCUUGAAAACUAUCCUUUCACUAACUCUCCUUUGAUCAAAAUUUUAAUUUCACUUUCUAUUGCUUGAUGCAUUCUGAGAUAGAGAGAUAGAGAGAGAGAAAAGUGAUCGUAUCUUGUUGUUCUAGUUCUCAUAGAUGAUUCAUUCUUCUGAUUUCUCCUGUCUUUGAUACCUGCAGCCAUGGAACAACCACACUCCAUUCUCACAGGAGCUGAAGCUGUGUUGAAUAUCCAACCAAACUCUUCAUUAUCUGUCACCUAUGACACUCUUUUUGGGUCUUCUCACAAUCAUAUGCUCCUUGAGCUACAUGAUGAGAUGCUCCCUGAUCUACUUCACCAGAGCAUAACAUUAAGAGGUGAGCCAAAUGAAGAUGUUGUUCUAUGCACUCUGUCAAAGACCUAUGCUGUCAAGUUUGUUGGAACUUCCAACUCUGUAUUUCUUAUUCCGCCCUCUCGCCAUCAAUUCACUCAAAACGGGCAGCAAUCUGUUGCCUCUGUUAUUGAAAUUUCACCUGGUAAUAUGGAGCUCAUCGAGACAGCUCCCAGGCUGGACAGGCUCAAAACUCUCCUUGCACAGAAUCCUUAUAGUUCUAUGGAGGCAUUGCAGGCAGAUGAUAUGGAGGACGAUUCAAAGGAGAGUAAGAUGGGAUUGUGCACAUGGCAUGAUCUGGUUAACAAGAUUCAAGCCAGUGAUGAUGAAUUGAGGAACGGGUUAGAAGCUCUCUCAGCUGUGGAAAUCGAUGGUUUCUGGAGGAUUGUGGAUGAAAAAUAUAUGGGUGAAAUUCUGACAAUGCUAUUGCAGAAUUCAAUUUUAAAUGACUGGUCACUUGAUAAACUUGAUGAAGAUGAAGUCGUGACUUCUCUGGUCACCGAUGGAUUCCCGCAUAAGCUUGCCUACCAUUGUUUACAUGUUUAUGGAAGUAAGGUGGAUGAGGCUCGAGGAAAAAGCUGUGUGUGGACGCUAGAUGAAAGACGAGUGUGUGUGCAUUUCGCAAGACAAGUUUUGGGAGUUGGGAAAAUGAAAUUAGAGCGUUUUAUGGAAAUGUGGUUAAAGAAAAUCCCAGAUGGAAUGAACGCGAAUUUGGAGAUGCUGAAAGGUGAAGUCCUGACUGAAAAAGUUGGAAUAGAGAUGUGGGUUCGAGGUUUCAGUGUUGCUUCCUUGCCUUCAAAUCCUGCCGAGCGUUUCUCAGUCCUUUUCAGGGAGCGGCCGAAAUGGGAGUCGAAGGAUUUACAGCACUACAUCAGGGACUUGAAAGUACCUGGUCUUUCUUCGGAGGGUUUGCUGCUAAAGUAUACCAGGAGAACGCAGCCUACACAAGAUGCAGCACCUGUAUUUACUGCAAGAUAGCGAGACGAAACCACCAGAAUCAACCACCAUUUGAGUUUCACGAUGGCGCACAUUACAUGUACGGUAACUGAUGGCCUUUCAACUCAUUUUGUCAUGCACAAUACCUGCUACAUCUGUAUGCAUUGCACAGUUUGGGUUUUAUAUGACACCAGAACUAGAACUAGAUGAUAGAAAGAAGAAACCAUGAUGGUAUUUAGUGUUUAAUUAAUUAUGUGUAUCCUCUUACACCACUCACUACGUACACAUAAGUAGAUCAAAGAUUACAUAAGAAACGAUAUUAAUAUUG